CCAAGUCUUUAAACCAGAAAGGAGAGAAGGAAAGAAGAGAUUAAAUAAGUGGAUCAUUCUUCAGUGAAGAGUCUCCUCCUGUCUUCAGAUUGUUUCCGACUCGCUCGGAGCUUUAGAAACUUUGUCCUCCUGAAUCUGUGGCGCUCCAGAGAAACUUCAUCAUCGUCCUGCUGCUCUCCUCCACCUGGUCAACCUCCAACACCGUCAGCUGAAGGACAGGAAGCAGAACAAACAGGAUGCAGCGCAUCAGGGAAAGCAUCCACAUACGCACAAUGAAGGCCAAGAGGAAAGUAGAAGAAAUUUCCAAAGAGGAUGUCCAAGCCUUCCUCAAGAAGAAUGCCUUUGUGCUGUUUACAGUGGGGGCGGUUAUUGUAGGUGUUGUUCUUGGAUUUGCGCUGCGACCCUAUAAGAUGACCUACCGUGAAGUGAAGUACUUCUCUUUUCCUGGAGAGGUGCUGAUGAGGAUGCUGCAGAUGCUGGUCCUUCCUCUACUCGUCUCCAGUUUAAUUACAGGGAUGGCAGCGUUGGACAGCAAAGCCUCAGGAAAGAUGGGCAUGAGAGCUGUGAUCUACUACAUGACCACCACCAUUAUCGCAGUCUUCGUAGGAAUAAUAAUCGUGCUCAUCAUCCACCCAGGAAAGGGGUCGAAGGAUGAGUUUGGAAAACAGCCGGUCAUAGAGCAAGUCAGCCCUGCUGAUGCCUUUUUAGAUCUGAUCAGAAAUAUGUUUCCACCAAACCUGGUCCAAGCUUGCACACAGCAGUUCAAAACCAAAUACGGAAAGCGAUCAGUCAUUGUGACGGUGACGGUGAACGACACCCUCUUCAACUCCACCAACGGCACCCAGGAGGUGAUGGAGAUCACCAGAGAGGACGUUAUCCCAGUGCCAGGUCAGGUCAAUGGAGUCAACGCCCUCGGGUUGGUGGUCUUCUCCAUGUGCUUUGGUCUGAUAAUUGGCAACAUGAAGGAGCAGGGUCAGCUCCUCAGAGAGUUUUUCGACAGCCUCAAUGAAGCCAUCAUGCGCCUGGUUGCCAUCAUCAUGUGGUAUGCUCCAAUAGGAAUCCUGUUCCUAAUAGCGGGAAAGAUAGUGGAGAUGGAUGAUCUGACACAGAUGGGAGGCCAGCUGGGCAUGUAUACCAUCACAGUCAUCAUUGGCUUGCUGAUCCAUGGCGUUCUCAUUCUGCCCACUCUUUACUUUGUCAUCACUCGACAGAACCCCUUUAUCUUCAUUGCUGGGCUCUUGCAGGCUCUGGUAACAGCCCUGGGAACCUCCUCCAGCUCCGCAACGCUCCCCGUCACAUUUAAAUGUCUGGAGGAGAACAACAAGAUCGACAAGCGAAUCACGCGCUUCGUGCUGCCCGUGGGCGCCACCAUCAACAUGGACGGGACAGCUCUGUACGAGGCGCUGGCGGCCAUCUUCAUCGCCCAGGUCAAUAACAUGGAGAUGAACUUUGGCCAGAUCAUCACAAUCAGUAUUACAGCCACUGCAGCCAGUAUCGGAGCUGCUGGCAUCCCUCAAGCAGGCCUGGUCACCAUGGUGAUAGUACUGACCUCUGUUGGACUGCCCACGGAUGACAUCACCCUCAUCAUUGCUGUUGAUUGGUUCCUGGACCGCCUGCGUACCACCACUAAUGUUCUGGGAGACUCGAUUGGAGCUGGCAUUGUGGAGUUCCUGUCUCGACAUGAGCUCCGUAGCAGAGAUGUGGAGAUGGGAAACUCUGUGCUGGAGGAGAAGGAGAGAAAGAAGCCUUACAAACUCAUCUCCCAGGACAGCGAUUUUGAAAAUGACAAACGCACUCACAGUGAAUCGAACAUGUAGCUCAACUUUUCUGACAUCUGUUUUCUCAUAGCUGCUUCUGUUCAUGUAAGUAGGGACCUACUGGGAGACGCUGUCAACCAUAGUUUUAUCUUCAUCAUUCCUUUUCUGUACAUUCACAUCAGAACAUCACAUCAUAUAUUAUUAUUGUGGUUUUGUGUAUUUUAAUCAAAUGAAAGUUAUUUUUUAUGUUUAAACUAAUAUCGUAACGUCACUCAUGCAUAGUUUAAAGUGAAAAUAUUGUACAGUAAAUGGAAACAGGAAAAACUGGAACCAAGUCGAAACAGGAAAUUUGCUGAAACAAAGGAAAAAAAAAUCUUUUCACCACUUUGUCUCCACGACGUCAGUGAUUUAUCU